UGAAUAUUUUUUUUCAAAUUACACUCUUUUUUAUUAUUUUUUUUGUUUAAUCUCUUAUCUUCGGCAGAAGAUUAUUAUAGAAUAAAUUCAGAAUCAGAAAAAAAGAGACAAAAAUAGUGCAAAGUGACAAAAGUUUUUUUCCUUUUAAAUAUAACGACUUCUACCGCAAACAAUAAGAAUGAUGUUCCUUUAUAUAAAAUAUGACAAAAGUGAACAAGCGGAAAUGUGAUUCCGUUUACUUCUUCCACAAAUGUCUGACAAUUUAAUGAAAAUAUUUUUUCCGCUUGUCACAAAAAUAUAUUAUUUGGAAAAAAAUAUGUAUUCCUGACCUCGAAAUUAAAAACCAAAAAUAAGAAAAUAUUUUCAAAUUUUUAAUAUAAAUAAAUAAUUAAAAAACAAAAUGAAAGUGAAAAUUUUCGGAACUCCAAAUCUAGACACAGGACAUUAUCUACAAAACAAAACAAUUUUGAGGGGUUCAGGCAAAUCGAAUUGAUGAUCCGAUCGAGUAGGGGAAGCGAGGACCCGUUGGUGUCGAUCAUGAAGCAACGAGUCUUGCUCGCCCUCGCCAAUUUAAUUACAUCCUACGCCUCAUUUCUGGCUGCAACUGGACCGAGAGCAUCGACUCGACAAAGAACACAAAGCAACAAUCAUGGUAACAUUAGUGAACUUUUGGAUAAUUUAUUACGUGGAUACGAUAAUAGUGUGAGGCCAGAUUUUGGAGGUCCACCAGCGACGGUCGAAGUCGACAUUAUGGUCCGGAGCAUGGGUCCCAUUUCGGAAGUUGAUAUGACCUAUUCAAUGGAUUGUUACUUCCGGCAAUCGUGGGUCGAUCGACGUUUGGCAUUUCAAGGAAACAAAGAACAUCUGGCACUGAGUAUUUCCAUGCUUCAACGAAUAUGGAAGCCAGACACGUAUUUUUACAAUGGAAAACAUAGUUACCUUCACACCAUCACUAGUCCCAAUAAAUUUGUCCGACUUUAUAAAGAUGGUCGAGUUCUCUACAGUUCCAGACUCACCAUUAAAGCCGGUUGUCCAAUGAAUUUAGAAGAUUUUCCCAUGGACACUCAACGAUGUCCUUUAAAAUUCGGCAGUUUUGGUUAUACAACGCGAGAUGUAAUCUACCGAUGGAAUACUGCGAGACAAGUUGCAAUUUCAAAAGAUAUGAAACUUUCUCAAUUUGACUUAGUGGCAAAUCCAACGGCAAAUCAAUCAACUGAACCUUCAUUGGCCCAAAUUUCACCUGUUGUAGAAGAAUAUUCGAUGUUGCUGGUGUCCUUUCAUCUGCAGAGGCACAUGGGAAACUUUCUGAUACAAGUAUAUGGACCUUGUGUUCUACUAGUUGUUCUUUCGUGGGUCUCCUUUUGGCUCAACAGAGAAGCAACUGCUGAUCGAGUUUCCCUCGGUAUCACGACAGUUUUGACAAUGACAUUUUUGGGUCUCGAGGCGAGAACGGAUCUGCCAAAAGUCCCAUAUCCAACUGCUCUGGAUUUUUUCGUCUUUCUCUCGUUCGCCUUCAUUUUUGCGACGAUAAUUCAAUUUGCAGUGGUUCACUACUUCACCAAAUAUGGAUCGGGGGAAUGCUACUUUAGUUCCGAUAUCAGUGAAUCCGACAAUUCGAGUGACGAGGAAACUGUCUGUCGACCUCGCAAAAAGGAAUCGAGUCGAAGAAAAUCAUCGGGCAAUUCGUCGCAGCCAAAUAAAAGCAGUGGCGGCGGCGGCAGUGGCAAUAAUAGAAAUUUCCCGAUGAGCGACGACGGUGUCAUUGAAGUAAUUCAACUUUCGGCACUUCCGGAACCGGACAGAAAUGAUAAUGGACAAUGGCAAUUGUCGUGUGUUCCACGACAGCCACCACCACCAAAACCGCGUGUUCCUUCACGAAGACGUCAUAGACGUGUUCCUAGAUAUAAUUCUGUCUCAAAAAUCGAUCGCGCGAGUCGUGUCGUUUUUCCCCUAUUCUUCCUCACCAUUAACGUCUUCUACUGGUACGCGUAUUUGUCAAGAAGUGAGAGGAUCAGUUACUACCAUCCAAGUUCCUCGUAAGAAAAAUAAAUUAUUUUUUUUUAAUUAUUCUUAUUAUAAAAUCCAAAGUGACCGAAAAAUUUGAAAAAACUUAUUUUUUUAUUUUCAUAGAUAUUUUUUAACUCUAUAAAGGAACUAAUAAGGGGCUAAUAAUUAUUUUCUUCUCUUUUUUUUGGAGAAAUUAUGUGAUAUUAAAAAAUAUUUAUUUAUUUAUUUUAUAUUAAUAUUAAAAAUUGAAUAUUGCACUGGAAAAAAAUUUAAUAUUACAUUUUUAAUAUUACAUAUUAUUAAUAUUAAAAAACGGUUUAAUAUUAAAAUUUCUCGACACUUGUCACUAAAUAUGAGUACGAAUAGAAAAAUUCAAAAUGGCGCAUACAAUAUGGCGGAAAUUUUUAUUUUUGAAUAACUUAACAUUGAAUUGACAAGAUCACUGACCGUGACAAUUAAAAUUUAAAGAAAAACUAAUAAAAUUACAAUUUUCCAAAAAAAAUAGUUCA